GGAUGGUGCUUUCACACAGAACUUAGUGAUUUCUUGUGUGAGCUGGGUGCAUGUGAGCUCAAAUGGCAGUUAGCUCUCACACCUUUCAGAUGGCCAUUGGCUCUCUGCCGAAUUUCCAGUUGUCCUCUUCCAAUUGUCCCUUGAUGACCCGUCCAUUUUCUUACAAUUGCAUUGGCUGCUCGGGUUCUGAAUUGCUGCUCCCAGCUCAUAGCCAAAACAUCAUAACAAGCCUAAGAAUUCCAAUUAUGCAGCCAAUCAGUACAUGCUUCCAUUUUUGGUACUGCCUGAAAUCUGCAACUAUUUAGAGACCCAUCUUCUGUAUAAAUCUCCAAUCUUAGAAAAGCACUCUAUCUUUCUUGUAACUUGCACUCUGUUAACAUUAACCGAUUCUCUAUCCUCAGAUACUGCCCGACCUGUUGUGAUUUUUCAGCAUUUUCUGUUUAUUUCAGACUUGCAGCAGCAGCGACAGUAUUUUGCUGCUCUUUUGAUGAUAAGCCCAUAAGACAGAGGAGCAGAACCAGAGUCUGCAGAGUCAGUCAUGGCUGAUACAUUUCUCAACCCCAUCUAGGCCUUCCUCCCAGAACCAAGUCAAGAAACACACAUGGAUGAAUUAAAAGGCCAUUUCUAACAGGGUGGGUGGUGGUCAUAUUGUGGCCUAUUGGUUCCUAUUAAUUGAGUCACACAAAGUCACUGAUUACCAUGGAGAAGGAGGCUGCUCUAUCCAUUGUGCCUGUGCUGGCCUUUCCCCAAAAGCAAAUCAGCGAUUCCUGUUAUUUGCCUUUUUCUUUCCUCUUCAGGGGCUUAUUCCAGUUAGCUUUUGUAAGUCUUUGCUGUAUCGGAUUGAGCUGGAGUGGUGAUGGAGGAGAAGUGGCUGAGUUUACCCUGAGUCCUUUCAAAGCCAGCUGGGCCCUACACUUUCCAGCGUGAGGUUGUCAAAGGGAGCUGGACUCUAUGGAAGAUCGGGUGGCUUAAAAAAAAACACUCCAGACGGUGUAUAACAAAAGAAGUGGCUUGGCGAACAAAUAUUCUGCAGUUGUUGUAGAAACAUCGGUGUUAACUUUCCAAAAUGCAUUAGAUUCUGGAAAGUUUCUGUCUCACUGCAAAAUAGCAGAUAAAACCUCUGUAUUGAAGAGGCGAGGAAGGCAGACAACAGGAAACUACAGGCCAGUUAGGGUGACCUGUCAUGGAGGGAAUGAGAAUCAAUUAUUUGGUGGUAUAUCACCAGAAUAUUAAUCUGGGGACCUGGGUUCAGAUCCUGCCAUGGCAGGUGGUAGAACUUGAAUAAAACUCUGGCUUUAAGUUGAACGAUGGUCAAGAAUCCAUUGUUGAUUUUUAGGAACAAAACAUCUGGUUCACUCAGGUCCACUGGGGAAGAAAGCUGCCAUCCUGAAUGGGUCUGGUUUACGUGUCCAGACCCACAGCAAUGUUGACUGUUAACUGCCUUCUGGGCAGUUUAUGGAUGACAGUGAAUGCUGGCCUAGCCAGUGCCGCCCAACACCUCUGCAUGAAUUUGAAACAAAAACCUGAAGAAAUAAAAGUGAACAAAAGGAUUUAAAUGCAUUUAGAAAGGAUAUUGGAAGGAGAGGAUUUACAGUCGGGGAAACUGCAACCGAUCAGGAUUUCAGUGUGGCCCAAUUUGGUGUAACCUGAAUCUCAUUGGGUUUUGAACAUGGAAGGAGAAUACACUGUUGACAGCGGUCAGAAACUGUACAUGUGUGAUGUGUGUGCACGAGCAUUCAGCCGAUCAUCUGACCUCUCGAAACAUAAACGGAGUCACAAGGAGAAACUGUGGAAAUGUGGGGACUGUGGGAAUGGAUUCAGAUCCUCGACUGAACUGGAAAUUCAUCGGCGCAGUCACACUGGGGAGAAACCAUUCUCCUGCUCUGAAUGUGGCAAGGGAUUCAGUCAGAAAUCCCACCUGCUGAGACACCAGCGAGUUCACACUGGGGAGAGACCAUUCUCCUGCUCUGAGUGUGGGCAGGGAUUCACUAAUUCCUCCAACCUGCUGAUACACCAGCGAGUUCACACUGGGGAGAGGCCGUUCAUCUGCUGUACGUGCGGCAAGGGAUUCACUUUGGCUUCCAGCCUCCAGACUCAUCAACAAAUUCACACUGGGGAGAGGCCAUUCACCAGCUCCUAGUGUGGGAGGGGGAUUUUUUGACACAUCCAGCUUGAUGACACGUGGGUGAAUUCACACUGAUGAGAGAGUGUUUACCUGUUCCCACUGUAGGACAGUGUUGAGUCAGUUCAGAUAAAUGACUGUACAUCAGCAGAUUGUCUGUGGAGAAGCUGAGUGAGGGGAUUCACUGAAUCUGCCACCUUGUGGACAGUUCACACUGGGGAGAGGCUGUUCACUUUCUCUGUGUCAGGGAAGGGAUUCAUUGAGUUAUGGAAACUGCUGAAAUGUCAGUGAGAUCCUGAGUAACUGCCGUGAUGAAGGAUGUAUAAUUUAUAUAAAUUUCAGUUUGGAAGUUGGCUUUUAUAAUAGUGACACUGAAUUUGGUUCAUUUUCUGAAAGUUUUCUUUGAAAGAAAAAGUGUGAAUCCUUGUGAAACAGUGACCUUCCUCCAGCACUGCUCAGAAUGCAAGUGGCUGUGGAGCCCCAUGUGGAGUGAAUGGGAAAUUGUUUAGACUCUUGUUGAUUUGCAAUGGAUGAGCAAACAUCAAAGGACAUUAUCUUGUUUUCAGUUCAGAGUAAUCAAGGAUUGAUUUUUCUUUAUAAACCCAGGGUUAGAAGGUAUUUUGUUUAGUUUGGAGAUAGGACUAAGAUCAGAAUCAAGUUUAGUCUGUCUACUAUAGAGAGCUCAGAAUAAUUCAGUGGAAACAAAAGAACAAAAAGUUACCUGAGUAGAACUUCUGAGGAGGGUUUGGUUUGAGCUGUGAUGGUAUUAGAAGCGGAAAAUGUUUAUUCUCUGAAAUUUGAGAGUAUUCCUGAAAGAAAAUUCCAUAGUUCACAGGAUGUGUUUGGGCCAAACCAGUUCAGAUAUAAUUUAGAGAUUUAAUAUUUGAUGUAAUUUCUCUGGAUUUAAACCUGUGUAAAUAAAUACGGGCACACAGUUGCAGCAGGUAAUCAGGAAGGCUUGUGGAACAAUGGCACUUUAAAUCUCCAAUUUUCUUGAAAUAAAGUUGGGAUGUCUUCCUGCAACUGUCCAAGGUGCUGGUGAGACCACAUCUCGAAUGCUGGGAAUAAUUUGGCCCCCUUAUGGAAGGAAAGGUAUUAUUUCAUUGGAGGUGGUUCAGAGAAUGUUCUCCAGGAUAUUCCUUUGUAUGGAGGGACUGUCAUGUGAGCAAAGGCUAAACUUUGUGGGAGUCUACUCACUGGAGUUCAGAAGAAUGAGAAGUGAUGAAACGUAUUAAAUUAGGCUUGAAAGGGUAAAUGUUGAGAGGAUUUUUCACUUGCUGGAAGAAUCUCUGUCCAAAGUGCAUUGUCUCAGAAUAUAGGGCCACCACCAAUUUAAGACAGAUGAGGAGGAAUUUCUUCUGUGGAGCGUUGGGAGCCUGUGGAACUUGUUGCCACAGAACAGGGAGGCAAAGUCGGGCCUAGUCUAAAAUGAAGGCUGAUGUAGAUUCUUGAUGAAGAAUUAUGGGAAAAUCACAGGAAAGCAGCCAUGAAGAAUGUCAGAUCAGCCCUGAUUCUGUACAAUGGCAGAGCAGGCUCAAGGGACCAAAUGGUGCUGUUGAGAAAUAUUGUUAUUGUUGAGGAACAUUGUUUUUCUCUCUGUUUUUGUCUUGCGUAAUUACAAUUUGUCUUUUUUGAUUUUGCUGAAGAAUCUCUGCAGCGUCACAUGACUGACCACCAUGUCAACCAAAAUAAAAGAGUAUCUCACUUGGAGAUAGUCAGACACACAAUUAAACUGUCACCCAAUGUACCAGAAGAUGUGGAAAUAAAGUGUCAUCCGGUAUAAAAUAAUAAAUGAAAUUCAAUUCCACCUGA